AUCUAAAGUUAAAGCAAGCUACUAUCUUCGGGGUAGUGUAAGGCAUGUAGAAACAGAGAAACCUAAGUCACCAUUUCUUCUAUCCUUUCGUCCUUUGUUUCUUCAGGCAACCCCGGCCAAAUUUCCUUUAACUUUCGUUGUAUUACCUCCUUUGAACCGUUAAGGUAGCUGGUAGAAUUUGAUGGCGAGCGACCAGAGGAAACUGGAGGAAGUGAGAAUUCCUAUGCCUGAGACUGAGCAAGGGGAUUUCGUGAGAGAACAGAUGAUGAAAUUAAAAUCAGCAUUGCUUGAAUUACAAAACCGGGAAAGAGUUGUAUCUCAAAUAACCAAACCGUUAAUACAAAGAGUUACACCUCGCCUAGUUGGCGUUAUCAAGGAGAACUUUAAGAAAUAUUUUGAACCGAGGAUGGCAGCCUUCGGCCCUUUGAAUCAUGGCAACCCGAAGUUCGAUCGGGGAGAAAGAACGAAACUUUUAUUGGCAGCUCACUUCGUAAAGAAGAACGAAACGACUGAAGAUGCUCUAUUUCACAAAAUUAAGGAAGAGAUAGAGGAUCUUAGGAAGUAUUAUAAUCAGGAGGACAUAAAAGACUACGAUAAUGAUAAGCUAGCUUGGAUGUUCUUCGUGGACGAUUGUGCUGUGCUGUAUAUCGCAUAUUACUUUUUAAUCGGAAAGUAUGAGAAGUCAUUCACUUCAGACAUCCUAGAUCUCAUGGCAUUUGGGAAACUUGAUUUAUUCUUGCUAGAAAACCAACUUCCUUACAGAGUCCUCAAGAUAUUGAUUGGCUCAUCUUUAAGUCCCCAAUUGUGGGAACUAUCAAUCAAAGAAUUCGUAAAUGAUAACCUUAUGACAAAUAUUCCAAGUGAGACGGUGAGCCAAUGGCUGGAUAAACAAGAAGCAAAACGGCAAGAUUACGCUCACCUUCUGGACAGGUUGAGGACAAAAUUACUGUCAGGAAUAAUAGAACAGAAAAGCUCGGGCGUGAUUGGUAGGUUUCUUCUUUGGUGUGGAAACGAGGCAAAAAAUAGAAGGCUAUUUCUUAGCAUCAAGGAUCUUAAAGAAUCAGGAAUUCAAGUGAGCCCCAAUAUGACAUGCAACCUUCGAAAUAUUUCCUUCCAUUCCAACAUUCUGGGAAGCCUAAAGAUGCCAGGCCUAGUGUUGAAUGAGUCUACAGCCUCCAUGUUCAUGAACUUGGUAGCUUUAGAAAAGUGUCCAGAUUUUGGUAAUGAUUAUGCUGUCACCUCUUACUUAUGCUUCAUUUCUUCUCUCAUUCAAACAACAGAAGAUGUUAAGGAGUUGCAAGUUACAGGUAUCCUUCACAAUUACUUGGGCAGUGAUGAAGAAGUGGUUGAUUUUUUCCGUGGGAUGAGCAGGAACUUGGUGCCAAAUAUAUUCUUAUAUUAUGAUGUUAAAGACGACAUCCAAAGGUAUUGCAACUCGUGGUUAAUACGUAUCUCUUCCAAUUAUUUUAGUAGAAACUGGAGUUUUCUUGGUUUUUCGGGCGUCAUAGCAGGACUUGUUCUCACUCUUGUUCAGACUUAUUUCACCAUCAAUCCAAGGAAGUAAACGUUACUAGUAUUUUAUUAGUUGGUAUGUGUGUUCAAAUUCAAUUAUAGAAUUAUGUACUCAGAAAAUGUAUGACUUCAUCAUUUCAAAAUGUUUGAAAAUGUGUUUUUACAGCACUCUUUAACUUUGUUGUGGCAGAUUGGUAUGGAUUUGAUUUGAUGUUUGAUUGGAUAAAUUAAAUAAAUAUAUGGUUAA